AUGCCACGAGAACCGGUUGUUAUUCCCGCUCGACGUUGCCCCUCACUCUCCGUCAAGACUCGCCCUCGCAAUGCCACACUGUCAACAGCACACCCCUUCGCAUUGGAACAUGAUGUUUGGAAUGGGUCACUCUGCGCCGAUAAAGACCACAAUGACGAUGAAGACGUCGUGGAAGAGACAAAUUAUUUCCCUGAACCUGUUACCAAGCGCCGUGCUGCAAAGAGCUUCUCCAGUUUGCGGCACUCUAUCGAUGGGUUGCGCGCUCUGGGCCGUCGCUUUUCUGUGACCAUCCGUCACAAGUCAUCCCGACAUGCGUCUCAUCACCACACUCACGAAGAUGGCGGUGCUGCUGUCCAUGACCCUCAAGAUGCCAGUGCGUGUGGAGAAGCCGGAUCAGAGCAAUUUUGGUGCAAGGGCUACAACCCCAACCGCCGCCCUUCUCUUACUUACGAAACUGCCUUGCAGACGUUCUACGCACCUGUUGCCUCAGUUCCGGCCCCUAUCCCCGGUCGUGGACUUGAACCUCCGAUUCUUCCAAACAAUAUUUACGCCGGGGCCGCCGCUCGGGCCGCUGCAGCUGCACAAAAUGAAUUGGCGCGAGCGGAACGAGAACAUAUCAAAGCAUUCGAUUUGAAAGUCACUCGGGAUUCGGAGAGCGGCAUUGACAUUGAUCUGCGCGAUCGCUCGGAAUUAUCUGAGGUGGAUCUGGCUAUUGUCCGCAUUGAUCCCGUGACCUAUCUGCCGCCUGAGAUCAUGUCGCUGGCGCUAUCGUAUCUCGACCCCGAGUCUUUGAUGCAGGCGGAACUAGUUUCUCGUGCUUGGAGAGAGCAGGCAUCCUCUCGGCACAUCUGGAGGCGGGUAUUUCGUCGUGCGUACGGACAUCGCCUCCCCAGCGGUGUCGCCUCUAAGAAGAGGCAGUCAACUGGCUUGGGAAAGUCAAUUCCGAAUCAGGACUGGAAGAAGAUGUUCCUUGUCCGCCGUGCUCUUGAUCAUCGAUGGAAAGAGGGAAAAGCGGCCGCAAUCUACCUGCACGGCCAUACGGACAGCGUCUACUGUGUUCAAUUCGAUGAAGACAAAAUCAUCACUGGUUCUCGUGAUCGAACCAUCCGGGUGUGGGAUGCUCAUUACCCGUGGCCGUGCCGUAAGAUCAUUGGUCCUCCUCCGAGCGAGGUCUCGAGCAUUGGACAGGUCAACAACCCGACUCAGCAGUCGUCGGGCAAACCUCCUUUUCUCACCAUCUGUCCUCCUCCUACCCUCUCGGCAGGAAUUGUGACUCCCAUUGACCAGAGCUCCGACUACCACAGUGCUUCCAUUCUUUGUCUUCAAUUUGACGAAGAGAUCAUGGUCACGGGGUCGUCUGACUUCAGUUGCAUUGUAUGGGACAUUAAGAACGAUUACAGGCCGAUUCGUCGUCUGGAGGGCCACAGAGCUGGCGUGCUGGACGUGUGCUUUGAUGAUCGGUACAUCGUAUCCUGCUCCAAGGACACAACCAUCUGCGUGUGGGAUCGGCAGACGGGCGCGCUGGUAAAGAAGCUUCUCGGCCAUCGUGGACCCGUGAAUGCCGUUCAGCUCCGGGGCGAUCUUGUCGUGUCGGCGAGCGGGGACGGAGUAGCCAAACUCUGGAACAUUACCUCGGGUCUUUGUGUCAAGGAAUUUGCCAGCAAGGACCGUGGAUUAGCCUGUGUGGAAUUCAGUGAUGACGCGCGUACCAUUCUCACCGGUGGAAACGACCAAUCGAUCUACCAGUUUGACGCGAACACUGCCGAGAUGGUUCGUGAGCUCAAAGGACAUGCUGGUCUUGUCCGGUCACUUCAUCUGGACAGCACGAACCAGCGAAUUGUCAGCGGCAGCUAUGAUAUGAGUGUCAAGGUCUUCGACGCCCAGACCGGCGAGCUCUCUAUUGACUUGCCUGGCUGGACCACCAGCUGGAUGUUGAGUGUGAAGUCGGACUACCGACGCAUCGUUGCCACCAGCCAAGAUUCUCGAGCUGUCAUUAUGGAUUUUGGCUAUGGCUUGGAUGGCAUUGAGCUGUUGGAAGAGUGA